AUGGGGCGCCCCAAAGUUCCCCCGGAAAAUCGCCUGCGGGCCAACACAGCAUGCACCAAAUGCAGAGCCUCCAAGAAGCGAUGCAGCGGCACAUUUCCCUGUACAAAUUGCACUCGCAAGGGCCAUGCUCGCUCAUGUAUUCCUUUCAAAUCCAUUUCGAACGCUAGUCCCAGCAGUCACCGAGAUCGAGAAUCUCAUGCGGGCUUAGAAACGAGCUCAUCAUGGGAAGGACCAGAAUAUGCGAUACAGACUCCCUUGAAUCGCCAGAAUCGGGCGGCGACCCCAUCCGAUCGUUUGACGGAGCAUCAUCCAGAGACGGGCUCGCGAUCCCCCGAGGCGACGCAUCAGACACACCCUCGAAUGUUGCGGAACUUACAAGGUGAUAGAGUAUAUGUUGGCAAAGCCGCGUCUUUGUCGUUUCUUCAACUCCUUCGGGAGACAGUAUAUCAACAUCUUGGCCCUUCGCAAUUUUCCCAUAACUGGAGCGAAGACAUGCUCGAAAAUGAAGCGCAUCAUGACCCACUUAACCUCACCGAAGAGCGCUGUAGCGAGAAGGACCGCCGUCGAUUUAUCUCGACCUUCGAGGUAGUCACUAGCGGGUUCUUGUACCUGGGGUGUGACACAGAACCCUUUUUUGCCGAUUUCCCAGAACCCAAGACCGACCGAGAAAAAACACGGGCAUCAAUUCGAGAUCUGAUGAUUGCCAUCGGGGCUCAGUCUUGCACUAAUACCCCCGAAAACCUUCAGAUAGAGCGCUUUUUCUUCACUCGUGGUCAAAGCAGGGCCUUCACCAAUUUCUUAGAAGAUCCAAGUCUAGAUUUGAUCCGCGCCUUUCUCCUUAUGUCAUUUUACAUGUUUGGAGCCUGCCGUCGAAAUGCCGCUUUCAUGUAUCUUGGUGUUGCAGCUCGAUCUGCAGUGGCUGUAGGAUUACACGAGGACUUGUCCGGAUCAAACCACCAGGAACAGCAAGAAAGAUCAAAGUUAUGGAUGAGUCUCUGUGUGCUCGACCUUUUGGCUAGCUCUAUCCUGGGCCGACCAGCAGCUACAGCAACCCUGCAGACAGACCGGCCAGAUCUAAAUCUACAAGCAUCUAUAACCGCUGAGACCACUUUGAUUGCAUCAUACCAGCUAUCAUUGAUUUUGAAUCAAAUCGUUAAUCGCAUGUAUGGCGACAAGGCCGCUUCAAUCGAUUCAGCGGAGCUGCUGCUUGCCAAGAUCAAUCAAUGGAGUGAAAACCUUCCCACUCCGCUGCGAACACAAGACAACGAUGAAAGCCCAGACGAAGCCCAGGAACACGUUAUUGGCAAUCUCCAUGUGGCAUGCUCAUACCACUUCGCAGUGAUACUUCUAACACGCCCAUUUCUCAUUUCCACACUGAGCGUCCGUCUCGCUCGGCUACACCAAAGCCAAUCCGUCAACGAGAUAGGUCGUAUACCCGAAGAAGAACCGGCCCACUCGCGGCUAGCGGCAGCAUGUAUUGAUUCCGCAGUCUACAUGCUUCAAACCUGCCUUGAAGUCCACCAAUCGGGACUUCUCCUGCGCAACAUGUGCAUUUUGAAAGCGUUCGUAUUCGCAGCAGCCCUAGUAUUGGGAUUCUCAAUGUUCACCCAUCGAGAUGUCGACACCGAAAUUGACAGCGCGUUCAAAGGUGCACUAAGCAUCUUGCAUAUGUUAGCACAGCAAUCAGCCCAAGCCGCCCACUAUUUAGAGAUCUUGAGCCUACUUGAAGCUGCCAUUAACCAACAAAGACAACGAUUAGCUUCUCAAGCCCGCCAAAGACGCAGCCAAUAUGUCAGUCGAAUUUUCAGCCUAACUGAUAAGCCGCAAUCAUCUCAGGCGCAGAGCGAUAGCGAGAGCCGCCCCACCCCUCCGACCUCACUGCUUCCCCAAGGCGGACCAUUCUAUCCAUGGAUUCCACAGGGAGAAGGCCCCGCUACAGCUACACCCCCAGUGUUGGAUGGGGCAUUUUUGGACUGGGAAGGUAUGGAGUUACCUUUGUGGGAUAGUUUUCCCUUCACCGAGCCGGGCUCGUCAGUUUUAUGA